AUGGAGAAGUCCGGCGCCGUUCGCAGGGCACGGUUCCUGCUCCUCGUGGCCGCAGCGUUCUGGGUCUGCAUACUCUACUUCCGCCUGUCCGUGAUCAUCACGGGCGUGGCCAUCGCGCCGACGGAGCGCGCGGCGUCGUUUGCACCGGCGUACGAGCGCGAUCGAUGCCGGGGACGGUACGUGUAUAUGCAUGAUCUCCCGCCGCGGUUCAACGCCGACAUGCUCGGUGGCUGCAGCCAAACGAACGGCCGCUGGCCCGACAUGUGCGAGCAAGUGAGCAACGCCGGCCUCGGGAAGCCGCUCCAGGAGCCAGAGGAUGAAGGCGACGGGGACGACGGCGCGCUCACGGGCGCCCGUGGCUGGUACGCCACGCACCAGUUCGCGCUGGACGCCAUCUUCCAUGGCCGCAUGCGGCGGUACGAGUGCCUCACCAACGACUCCUCCGCGGCGGCGGCCGUGUUCGUCCCGUUCUACGCAGGCUUCGACUUCGCGCGGCACCACUGGGGCUACGACAACGCGACGCGGGAUGCUGCGUCACACGACCUGGCGAACUGGCUCGUGGGCCGGCCGGAGUGGCGCCGGGCGGGCGGCCGCGAUCACUUCCUCGUGGCUGGGCGCACGGCGUGGGACUUCCGCCGCGACACCUGCCUCAGCCCGAACUGGGGCACAAACCUCCUGCUCCUCGCCGCCGCCAGGAACAUGACCGUGCUCGUCGUCGAGUCGUCCGCUCCAGGCCUCGGCAACGACAUGGCGGUGCCUUACCCCACCUACUUCCACCCACGGACAGACGCCGACGUCCUGGACUGGCAGCGCAGGAUCAAGAACUCUGAUCGCCCGUGGUUCAUGUCCUUCGUCGGCGCGCCGCGGCCAGGGGACCCGCGAUCCAUCCGGCCACAGAUCAUCGCCCAGUGCAGCGCAUCGUCCACGUGCCGGCAGCUGGGGUGCGUCAACGGUGCCAGCCAGUGCCACGCCCCGGGGGACAUCAUGCGGCUGUUCCAGAGCUCCACCUUCUGCCUCCAGCCGCCGGGGGACUCCUACACGCGGCGGUCGGCGUUCGACGCGAUGGUGGCCGGGUGCGUGCCGGUGUUCUUCCAUCCGGCGUCGGCGUACCUACAGUACACAUGGCACCUGCCUGAAGACCACACCCGCUACACGGUGUUCAUACCGGAGGACGGCGUGCGGGCGGGGAACGUGGGCAUCGAGGAGACGCUCAGGAGGAUACCGCCGGCGGCGGUGCGUAGGAUGCGGGAGGAGUUGGUCAGGCUCGUGCCGAGGCUGGUGUACGCUGACCCGAGGUACAGACUCGAGACAGUGAAGGACGCGUUCGAUGUUGCCGUGGAAGGUAUCAUUGACAAGGUGGCGGAGAGUCGAACCGGCUCAGCAGCCGAGAGCUGGCUAGAGAAGAUUUGGUCAAUGUAA